AUGGCCCAAUUUGAAGCAGAUGCUUAUGGUGAAGAAGUCUGUAAAGUCCUCUCUUCGCAGAUCAAGGACAGCAAAGUUUUGGUCACCGGUGUGACUCCAGGCAGUAUUGGAGGUGAAGCAGUGAUCCAAAUCUCAUGCCGUGCACCAGCAUUGCUUGUUCUCGCAGGUCGGAAUAGCCAGGCACUUCAAGAACUAGACCGAACAAUCAAGCUGGAAACCCCUAAUGUCCAGACAAGACUUCUUGUUAUCGACCUGAGCUCUCAGGAGAGUGUUCACAAAGCCGCUGUAGAGGUCAAAUCUUACCCUGAAACACUAGAUAUUUUGAUCAACAGCGCAAGGGUAAUGGCAUCACUUUUCUCUCUCACAAAAGACGGACUCGAGCUGCAAUUUGGAACAAACCACAUAGGUCAUUUUCUCUUUACAAAUUUGGUGCUGGAAGAGAUCUUACGACGGGGAGCUUCCGGCACUCGCGUGGCCAAUGUGAGCAGCUUAGGGCACAAGAGAGAACCUAUCCGGUUUGAUGAUUAUAAAUUCGAGGAGGGCAAAGUCUAUGACAAGUGGCAAGCAUACGGUCAAAGCAAGACUGCUAACAUGUUUUACUCUGUAUCAUUGGCAGAGAGGCUUGGAGAUAAGGGAGUAGAAGCAUUCAGUCUUUAUCCCGGGCGAAUUGUCACCCGACUAGUCAAAUAUUUGACGAACGAGGAUUGGCUCAACUCUAGAUGGAGGCAUCCCGAUGGGACUCUCAACAACGACCCAAAGUUCAACUGGACGACGCAGAGUCAGGGUGCCGCCAAGUUGAUCGUAGCAGCAUACGAACCAAAAAUGUCCGACAAUAAUGGAUCUUAUCUGGCCUGUAAUGCAGUGAGAAAUGACGAGGCGGCAGAUUAUGCCCUUGAUCCUCAAAAUGCAGAGAAGCUGUGGAUUCUUAGCGAAGAUCUUGUGGAUCAGAAAUUUUUCAAAUAG